AUGAAGCAACUAUCCGCCUUCGAGCGCGCCGACAUUAUAGGUCCAUACCAUGCCCCAGAAGGACUCUAUGACUAUACCAAGACGCUACCAUUCCUCGGAACUGUCAAAAGCAACGUCACGAAACUAAUUGCAGGGCAAUGGACAGAAAUCCUACUAACAUAUGAAGUCGGGGCUGCUGGCUUAGCAGAUGGUGCAUGGAUCAAAGCGACUUUCAAAUUCUACUCUGACUGGGCCCUCUUCCAAACUUCCGACCGCACAAAACCAAACUACAUCUCAGCAGAAUACAUCCCGCGCGACCUCCACCCCAACCAAACUCCAGCAACAGUCCAAUCCCUCAACAUCCGCUUCGACCAAAAAGGCCACGAACGCCCAUUCCAAAAAGCCAUCAUAAUCGACAUCGUCGACGGUUAUCUCAACCCCGGAGAUAAAAUCCUCAUUCGCUUAGGCGAUAGACGCUAUGGAGGAAAAGGGACUCGAGUUCAGACUUUUGUUGAGAGGAAGUUUAGGUGGAGAUUUUAUAUUGAUCCUGUGGGGACUUCGAGGUUUGCGCCUAUUCGGCCGGAUCUUGAGUGGGAGAUUGGGGCGGGGGAGAUGGAGAAGUUGAGUGUGGGGAGUUCGAGGUUGGUGAGGCCGGGGGUGGGGUUUAAGGUGUUUGUGCAUGUGGAGGAUGUUUGGGGGAAUGUGGUGAGGGAUGUGGAGGGGUUGGUGUUUGGGUUGGUUGUGAGGGAAGGGGAUGAGGUGGUGUUGAGGCGAAGUUCGAAGGUGCCGGAUUCUGGAUGGAGCAAUGUUGUGUUUGAGGAUCUCACGCUGCCUCGUGAUGGACGGUAUACUAUUGAAGCGGAAGCACGGGGAAGUAACGGAGAAGUGCUGCUGAGAAGCACAACUCCCAUAACUGCUUCACAGGCGCUGGGCGUACCGAGGAUCCUCUUUGGCGAUCUCCACGUCCACUCGGACGACACAGUAGGCACAGAAGAUUCGACCUACAACUUCACAUAUGGCCGAGAUAUCGCUGGCCUCGACGUUCUUGGCUAUACCGCCAACGACUUCCAAAUUACCAAGCAGAGAUGGGAAUCGACAUUGUCAUUGAUCAAAACACUUAACAAGCCCGGCUCAUUCGUGCUCUUCCCUGGUACAGAAUGGUGCGGCAACUCAGCUGCUGGCGGCGAUCAUAACGUCGUCUUCCUCGCGGAUCCCGAUACCCAUCCACCACAGUUCCCAUUCGACAAGCAUGGUAACGUAGCACGUUCGUUCGAAUGGUCUGAAGACGGACCCGUGGACCUUGUUCCUGGAGCUUGGCCACUCGACGAGGUCUACGCAACAUAUGCUGCUGACAGCGAAGACCACCUCUUGAUCCCUCAUGUGGGAGGUCGGCGCUGCAAUCUAGCCUGGCAUCAUCCGAAACUGGAGCGCCUUGUGGAAAUCGGAAGCGCUUGGGGACAUUUCGAAUGGUUGUUACAGGACGCUGUGCGGAGAGGCUGGAAGCUAGGAGUUUGCGCCAAUUCGGAUGAGCAUCGAGGGAGGUGUGGUGGAGGUGUACCUGGUACUGCGGUGUUUGGUACCAAAGGUGGUUUGACGGGUAUUCUGGCCUCUUCGUUGGACCGACAGUCGAUUGCGGACGCUCUGCGUGCGAGGCACACGUUUGCUACUACGGGGCCGCGGUUGGUGGGACUUGUGACUACGGAUGGGGGACAGGUCCAGGGAGAUGAGAUUGAGGCUUCUGGGAAGGUAAAUUUGCACUACGAGUUCUUCGGUAUCGAAGGCUUCUCUUCCAUCGAAGCGUUUGACGCGACGGGUCGGGUCUGGAAGCGUGACAUGUGGCAGGAGUCAGGCAAGGAUUGCACCAUACUGCGGGUCUCGUGGGGAGGCGCGAGGCUUUACGAUCGCUAUCGCGAAGCUGUCUGGGACGGACGAAUAGAUCUCAGCGAUGAUGUGACGAUCAAUGGGACGACUGCAUUCGGUGGCCUGAGCUACAAUCCUGAAGACGAGAUCAAACAGGAUGGAUCGCAGUCAGUCCUUUUCGCCAGCCGAACCAGCGGUGACACCGACGGAGUGCACAUGUCCUUCGCGGGAAAUCUGCCGAGCUCGGUCACAGUCUCUGGUAGUAUCGGCGGAUAUGUCAAAGUCGGCGAUGCGCUUGCUGGCAAUCUCCAUAAGCCACAGCCAACUUUCAGCAUGAACGCCGACGUAGAAAAGCUUCUUCAUCCUGGUUGCAAGCGUAUUGAAAUCAAAGGAGGAGCUGAGCUCUUCGUCUCUGCUGAGCUUGUGCCAGAUCUGCAGCUGCCACUUGAAGUGAGCGGUGAAGUUGAGUUCGAGGGCAAUGCGGGAGAGGAAAGAGCUGUGUAUUUCGUUGCCCGGGAGUGGAGUGGCGACAAGGUUGUCACAAGCCCGGCAUUCGUAAGGUACCUAUAGAAAAGAUGUAUUGGUGUGCAGGAGCAGAAACACGUGCGGCGUAACCUCAAGAAGUGAACUGAAGUGAAUGAAGGGCCGAAGCGGCCCCGCAGUGAACGUGCAGUCAAGCAAGUAGUGCCUUACCUAGGAGGUACUUCAACGCACAAGCUCGUUUGCGAACUCCGCGAC